CCAGUUUUAUUCGCCAUGAAGUUCGUCUGCGUCUUGUUAGUUUUGGGUGUCGCUAUCGCGAGUGCUACCAACGUCGAUUGGGAGUCGGUGAAACCCCGUCAUGUAGAGCCCAAUAUUCCAAUGCCGCGACGCGCUGUGCCCGGUGGACGUAUUACCAGCGGCACCACUGCCGGCCGCAAUCAGUUCCCCUAUCAGGUGGGUCUACUCCUCUAUUUCGAGGGCGGAGCUGGCUGGUGCGGUGGCACUGUGAUCAGCGAUCGUUGGAUUGUUACUGCUGCCCAUUGCACAGAUGGUCUGAGCACCGGUGUGGAUGUCUAUCUGGGUGCCUGGGAUCGUACCAACAAGGCCGAAGUGGGUCAACAGAUCAUCUUUGUGGAGAAGAAGAAUGUGAUUGUCCAUGAGACCUACAAUGCCAAUACCAUUACGGAUGAUAUUUCGUUGAUCAAGCUGCCCGUGCCCAUUGAGUUCAAUGAAUACAUUCAGCCCGCUAAGCUGCCCGUCAAGUCCCUCACCUACAGUACCUAUGUCGGUGAAACCACCAUUGCCUCCGGCUGGGGCAAGACUUCUGACAGUGCCACCGGCGCCACCGACAUCCUGCAAUACAUUGAGGUGCCAAUUAUGACCAACUCGGGCUGCAACACUUGGUUCUUGGGCUCGGUUCAGUCCACAAACAUCUGCAUUAAGACUACUGGUGGCACUUCCACCUGCAACGGUGACUCUGGCGGUCCCUUGGUCCUGGCCGAUGGCAGCAACACCUUGAUUGGCGCCACCUCGUUUGGUAUUGCUCUCGGCUGUGAAGUGGGCUGGCCUGGCGUAUUCACCCGCAUCACCUCCUACCUGGACUGGAUUGAGAAAAACUCUGGAGUGGUGAACAACGGCGUGUAAAUAAACCACUUCAAAAUAUGCUUAUAAAAUAGUUGUUUUCUGUAUAUUUUAUACACGGCAAUAUAACUACAAAAAAUAAAAUUCAUACUCCGA